ACCGCUCCCAUUAUCCCGCUUCCCCCUUCGCCGUCCUGCCAGCACCCUAUAGACACCGUCUACGAUGAGCAUGGAGAUUUCGUCUAUCCUCCAGGGAGGUUACAACCACCCGCUCGCACGGACCUGGCAAUGCAAGCGUCAGCUCACCAAAUCCAUGCUCAUGUACCCCAUCUUCAUCACCGACGACGCUGACGCCCGGGUCGAAAUCGCUUCUCUACCCGGUCAAUGCCGGUGGGGUGUGAACAGGUUGAAAGAGUUCCUCGGGCCCCUUGUGCAGAACGGGCUCAAGAGCGUAAUCCUCUUUGGUGUCCCGUUCAACUGCACGAAGGACGAAACUGGCACUCCCGCAGACGAUCCGGAAGGUCCUGUCAUCCAGGCUAUCACCCGGCUCCGUCAGCUCUUCCCGGAGCUGUACAUCGCUACCGAUGUGUGUCUGUGUGAGUAUACCUCUCACGGCCAUUGCGGUAUCCUCCACGAGGACGGGACGAUCAACCAGGCUCCUUCGGUAGAACGGAUCGCCGAGGUCGCAGUUGCCUAUGCCAAGGCCGGUGCACACUGCGUAGCUCCGAGCGAUAUGAUGGACGGGCGGAUUAGGGUGAUCAAGCAGGGCUUGAUCGAGGCUGGACUCGCAAAUCGGUGCAUGGUCAUGGCUUACUCGGCAAAGUUUGCGAGCUCGCUCUAUGGACCAUUUAGGGAUGCGGCGGGAAGUGCGCCUUCGUUUGGUAACCGCAAGUGCUAUCAGUUGCCUCCCGGUGGGAAGGGCCUGGCAAGGCGAGCAAUUGUGCGUGACGUGAACGAAGGCGCGGAUGUGAUCAUGGUCAAACCGGCGAUGCCCUACCUAGACGUGAUCCAGGAUGCUGCCGAGCUAGCACCAGAUCAUCCAUUAGCGGCAUAUCAGGUCAGCGGAGAGUUCGCCAUGGUUGUUGCCGGUGCCGAAAUGGGGGUGUACGACCUGAGGACGAUGGCGUUUGAGAGUAUUGAGGGGAUGCUGAGGGCUGGGUGCACCCUCAUCCUGACGUAUUUCACACCGCAGUUUUUGGAAUGGCUCAACGAGGCAUAGUGAAAGGGAGGAAAGGGGAUGCCAAAAGAGACUGGCCGAGCAGCGGAUCUACGCUCCUUCCGGUCCGACACUCGUUGUACUUUCCGUGUAUGUAUAUGGAGACCACUAAUCAGAAAA